AUGGUUGCGGGAGAUUUGGAGGCAGAACUGGAAACGUUUGGCGAAUCUGAAAGUCAGUUGGAAGGUUUAAACGGAUCAGUCGUAGAAUUCGAACAAUAUCAGAAAGCUAGAUUACAGUUCGUUCAGACGGUAGCAGAUCUAUCGCUCCAGAAGCAAAACAUCGAGACACUACAGAAUGCGGGUGUGAUGUCCUUGCUUCGACCUUUGCUUUUGGAUACAGUGCCUACUAUUCAACAAACGGCUGCAAUUGCCCUUGGAAGACUUGCCAAUCAAAGAAUGGACCUGGCAGAAGCAAUAGUCAGGGAAGACAUUUUACCACAGUUGGUUUACUCACUAGCUGAACAAAACCGAUUCUAUAAAAGAGCAGCUACGUUCGUUUUAAGGUCCAUUGCGAAACAUUCUCCUGAACUCGCCCAGAAGGUCGUCGAUUCUGGGGCGCUUGACGCUUUAAUCAUAGGAUUAGAGGAGUUUGAUCCUGUUGUUAAGGAGGGAUCAGCAGCCACCAUAGCAAACCUCGCCAAGCACUCGACCGAACUCGCUCAGACGGUUGUGGAUGUUGGAGCCAUUCCUCUCCUGGUACUAUGUGUGCAAGAACCUGAAAUCAGCCUCAAACGUAUGGCACUUGCUGCCCUAUCAGAUAUCGCCAAGCAUUCCGCUGAGUUGGCUCAAACGAUAGCAGACACGGGCGCUAUCGCACAUAUCGCCCAACUCCUGCUGCAGCCUGACACAUUACUAAAGCGUCAGGUUCUCGCCGUGCUAUCGAACAUUGCAAAACACUCUGUGGAUCUAGCUGAGCUUGUGGUUGAGGCUGAAAUUUUCCCAACCAUUCUCGUUUCUCUGAAAGAUGCUGAUGAAAUCGUCAGGAAAAACUGUUCUACUCUGAUUAAGGAUAUUGUGAAACACACAUCAGAACUCAGUCAACUGGUGACCAAUGCAGGGGGUGCAGCAAGCAUAGUGGAAUUCCUCAGUAAUAAUUCAGGCUAUGUUAUCCUUCCAGGAGUAAUGGCCCUCGGUUACAUAGCGGCACAUUCAGAAAGCCUGGCGAUGGCAAUAAUAAUGUGUGGCAGUGUACCGCAACUAAAGUGCACUCUGUGGCGUGAAACAAACGAAGACGUCAAGGCGGCGUGUGCGUGGGCUCUUGGUCAGAUUGGAAGACAUACACCAGAACAUGCAAAAGCCGUUGCCAAGAGUGACGUCCUACCCAUAAUACUAGAGUGUUUCAUUGAGCCCGGAGCGCCCGAAGAACUCAAAUCAAAGUCUAAGAAAGCCCUCAAACAGAUUAUCCAGAAAUGCGUGGAUCUGGAUGCAAUCGAACCACUGCUGACGCGAGCACCUGGGAGCAUUUUGAAAUAUGCCGUAGCGCAGUUUGCAAAGGUCUUACCGCAUGACCCCAACGCACGUCGCAAUUUCGUUUCAUCAGGAGCGCUUAAGAAGAUCCAGGAGUUAAAGCCUGAUGACAAGGAAACCUUGGCAGAAUAUAUAACGGCAAUAAAUAAUUGCUUUCCGGAAGAAGUGGUGCGAUAUUAUUCGCCGGGGUAUGUCGAAACACUCAUUGAACGUGUUGAUCAAUACCGGAUUCCUGUUUGA